AUAAGCUAAUAAGCUUAAAAGAAAAUAUCACAUACAUGCCUACUUGAAAAUCAUUUCGCAAACAGCUAAGAAUGCACCUCCAGCAGAGAUAGCCCCCAGGCACACACAGAUUCAAGACACUACAGUACAAAUCACUUAAGCUGCUAAUACAAUCCCACUUUGCUCAUUGGAAGGGGCCUUUAGUUAUUCUAAAGGUUCAGGCAGGUGUAGCCACUUCAAGCUGACAGCAGAGAAACACCAAGCCUGGAGAGCGUUUUCCUUGCACAAGCUUCACGACCAAGCCCUACUUCUCCAGAACCAGUCCCUUGCAGCAGGUCCCUCAGGUGGGAAGGGGUUUCUGUUGUGAAGUUCUGCCUUAGAGUUGAGCCUCUCCACCACCACAGGACACUCAGUUUUCUGUCACUGGAAAACUAAAAAAAUCAACAGCUUUCUGCUGUGCUUUCUAGAGGUGACUCUUCAUCACAGCAGCUCAGACACAUCAUCAAGCCUCUCCAUGCUCUCAACCACUUCACCUGAAAAAGUAGGAAGAGUCUUUUGCAGGCCAGGAUCCAAAGAAGGCCUCCCAGGAUACAAACCAAAAGAGAUUCAAUUUACGCUUUCCAAAAUUCAAUGGAAAAAAAAAAAAUUCCUUCCUGCCCACCCCCAAGCCAAUAUGUGACACCAAGAAAAUGUUUUUCUCACAACUGCACAAAAAACACCUUUGGCUGUCUGAGGCAGGCACCUUUGCCCUCAAACACAAGUAUUUUGCCCAUAAAUACUGAACACUGGAAACCACAGGCAGCUAGAAACUAAGCCCCAGAGAUAGCUGAUUACACAGCAGUUCUGAGAAAAUACAGAAGAAAGUACUAAGAGUGCAGACCACUAGCUAGAAAUCCCACACAGCCCUCUGUACUAGUUAAAGGGUCAGAAGAAAAUUCCCAUAGUAGUAACUAAAACAGAGCCAUUUUAGAUACUCACAGUAGGUAUUUAUAACAGUUAAAUAAGAAAAUAGAUGUUAGACGCUACCAAAACCUUUCUUCUUUAACAACUGCAAUAUUUUUCCUAUAUUAAAUAAUUCAGAAGAGCCUGUAGCCAAAGAUAUUUACAGCUGAAAAAGGCCCUAAGUAGGUACAAAAAAAAUAAGUCAUAAAUGAAAAUGGCUAGGAAAUUAUACUUCCAGUGAGCAUAUAAAGUUAAACUAACUGUUCUAGACCCAAAGUGUUAUCUUUAUAAAUAAAAAAUGCUUCUUUUUUAACAAUACUACAAUACUGACCUUCUUGUAACACAGCUACCCCACCAGCCACCUAAGGACACACAAACACCACAACCUCACCACAUUACUGGCCACUCCCUACCAAGGGCCCUUUAUAUAAACCGACCCUUAACACAGCCCUGGGGGGCUGGUCCUAUAAAUUUGGCAAUGGCAAACAGCUGCUGCUUAUAUAAACAAGAGUGCUUGAAACAAGAAGUUGUUUCUGCCUGACUUAGAGAGAGGAUAGAAUCCUAUGAAUGGUGAGACUUGCAGGGGAUCAGAAGGGGCACUCCUUGAGCGAGGACUGACCUGAACCCCUGGCUGUGACAACGCUUGACUACAAAGCAGGCACUUACAGGACACCUGACCUCUGCUGUGGGACAGUCUGAUGCUAUGGCAGACCCCCCUGCCUGCUGUGCUGCCUGUGCCACCUGCCUGCUCUGCCCCUACAGCUGCCGGUGGAUCACUGCCAAGAAGGAGAAGAGGAAGGGCCUGAGAACCACCAAGUGUGACUGCAGCUGGUUCCUUUUCCUCUUCUGCGUCUUCCUCUUCACACUGGUGUGGCUCUACUUCGCUAUCAUCAUCCUCAAUGAUUUCCACAACUUCAACGAGUUCAUCUUCAAACAGAGGAAGUUGUGGCUCGACUGGUCCCUGGUCCUGCUCAUAGCUACGGCUGUGCUGAUCACCUACUCAUCUGUGCUGCUGGUCCUUGCUUUGUGCUUGCAGCUCUGUGGCCAGCCCUUGAAGCUCCACUGGCUGCACAAGAUCCUGCUGAUCCUAACUGCCCUGGUGGUGGCUGCAGCCUUCACAGGGCUGGGAAUAAAGUGGGCAGAGGAGUGGAGAAGUGCACGUAUCUCUCUGCAGGCAACAGGUCCCUUCCUGCACAUUGGAGUCGUGGGGGGAAUGACGCUCCUUGCCUGGCCCCUGGCCAGCUUUGUGUACCGCACCCGCAAUACAGGUCUCAAGGUGUUUCUGCUGCUUAUGUACUGCACGGUGAUGAUUGCACUGUAUCUGGCUCCCCUGGGAAUCACCUCCCCUUGUCUCAUGGAGGAGAACCAGCUGCCCCCCAAGCCAGCCCUGGUUGGCCAUCGAGGAGCACCCAUGCUGGCCCCCGAGAACACCCUCAUGUCACUGCACAAGGCGGUGGACUGUGAUGUGCAAGUCUUUGAGACAGACGUCAUGGUGAGUGCUGAUGGAGUCCCAUUCCUCAUGCAUGAUGAGGAACUCACCAGGACCACCAAUGUGCAGGCUGUGUUCCCUGAGAGGGCUGCCCUGAACAGCACUGCCUUCAACUGGACAGACCUCCAGCAGUUGGAUGCUGGCAGCUGGUUUCUGGAGCGGAGCCCGUUUCCCACCGUGCCGAGUCUUUCUGCUGGUGAUCGCCACCAGGCAACUAAACAGAGGAUCCCCUCCCUGGGACAGGCCCUCGAGGCAGCCAAGCAGAGCAAUAUCUCCAUCAUGUUCGACCUCCGGCCUGAGAACCACAGUGACUACCAGAGCUUUGUCAAUGCCACCCUGGCAGUGAUCUUACAGUCCGGCAUCCCACUACAGCAGGUCCUCUGGCUUCCCGACGGGUUCAGGGAACAGGUCAAACAGCAAGCCCCGGGUGUUCAGCAAGUCUAUGGCCGGAAGAGACUCCAGAAUGAGAAGGAGCCGCUACUGCAUGUCAAUCUGCCCUACCAGGACAUGAGCUCUGAGGAGAUAAGGCAGUACCGCCAGGACAACAUCUCUGUCAACCUAUAUGUGGUGAACCAGCCCUGGCUCUUCUCCGUGCUCUGGUGCUCUGGGGUGAGCUCUGUCACCACCAAUGCCUGCCAGGUGCUGAAGGAAAUGAAACAACCCAUCUGGCUGCUUCCCAGCAGCACAUAUCUCAUGAUCUGGAUCGUUGUAGACUGCGUUUCCUUCCUUACCAUCCUCUGGGCCUUCCUCUUGCUGAAGAAAUGCUCCCACAGAAGACGGCCAGCGGAGUCUGAGACGGAUGUGCUGCUCACAAAGAUCAACAGCUUGAUGCAAGAGUGACCCCUCUUGCCUGCGUCAGCCGUGGGGAGGGGCAGCCACAGCCCUGCACAGCUCAAGCGGGGAGCGCUCCUCAGGCCAGCUUCAAGGCUCCUUUCCUUUGCAGGCUCCUUCCUGAGCCUCACUUCUCCCGUAGCCUUCCUGGCUCUUUUCGUGGUACACAGCUGCCCUCAGCUGAAAAGACUUGGAACUGGGUUCCCAUUUCCCAUUGGCAGCGAGGAACUAAAGCUUUGCAGGGAUUGCCUAGGGUGGAAUACUUAUCCAGCAGAGUUGGAGCUGAGACCUCUGCCUUGCGGUUUGGACACUAGUGGGGUUUUGGGUCACUGGUGCAGGGGCAGUCUCUACCUGUCGUCACUGCAGUGGCACUGCAGCCACUCAAGGACACCUGGUUUUCGUGUUGUUCCUCUGGCUUGAGGAGUAGAGAAUGGGGUGUGGGGUGGCUUUUCACAAGACGGAGGGGGAGCUGAGCUCUUUGCAUCCCCAUGCUGGACACAAAUCCUGCCCCUGCUGGCUUCAUGCUUAUGGGCCAGGGUCCCGGCACUCCAUGCAGCAGUUAAUGCCUGUUGCUCUGGGGGGGAAAAGGAGCAGGGCUGGGAGUGGGGCGUGUUUGGGGCUGGCGGGAUCACAAUCACACUGCUGCUGCGGCUCCAAGGCUGCAGAGGGGAGCGAUGGGACUCGGCAUCAAGACACGUUGCAGCAGGGCCUGGAACACGGAAAGGGGGUCGGGGGGUGGCAACAUGUCAGUUUUUCCUGUCAGUUUUACUUGUUGCUGCCUAUUUAUGUCAAUAAAGCAGAG